GCAGACACUGGGUCCGUUGUCUCGUCCUUACAGACUCUGAAGGUGAGAUAUAGGUUCCAUAAAAAGCCAAUCCAGUCCAUAUGGAAAUGUUGUCCCUUGGCGUCCCCGGUCAAUCCCAUUGUUUCUGUUCCUCUUGUUUUGGCCAAGGGGUGAAGCCAGACCUCGAUGAUAAGAUUACAUUUGAGCUGAAAGAUAUUUUGUACUUCUGAUAGUAAGGCAGAACACGCAAUGUUUGCCAUGGAGUGUGUUCCUAAAUUGUGCAGCUGAGGGGGAGAGAACCAAUGAUGCCAACAGCUCUGCGUGGCUGUGUUCCUUUUCCUUGAGCCCCUGCACCUCUGAAGGAGGGAGAGGUAAACGUGGCAGCUGAGUUUCUGAACCACUGGCCCUUCUAUGAGACCUCUUAGGGUACAAACCCUGUUGGCCCAUCCCAUGGAUUCUGCCAUCGCUCUGUAUGGAGUGGAUCUGCCUGCUUUUCCAGCUGCUAUGAUCUCACUGUGCACAGGGGCAGUUUAAUGCUUUGCCUUUUGAAAGUCCCUCCUGACAGCCCUUCCCAGCAGCAGUGCAUCUCAGAGCAGUCAAUGGAGCCAUGUGCACCUUCCAAAGGGAGCGUGCCUUGGCGUGCAGUGUCUUUCCAACCCAAGCCCUUGUGUUUCCUUCCCCCAGGGUCAUUCUGGGACUUUCAAAAAUGCAAGAGGGUUCCUCUGAAGAAGGGCAAGUCCAUCAGGGAGGCGAUGAAGGAGAGCGGCGUGCUCCACGACUACCUGGCCAAUCACCACUACUAUGAUCCUGCUUACAAGUUCUUCAGCAACUUUGCCACUGCCUAUGAGCCCCUGGCGAACAGCAUGGAUAUGUCCUAUUAUGGGGAGAUCAGCAUCGGGACCCCCCCGCAGAACUUCCUGGUGCUCUUCGACACCGGCUCCUCCAACCUGUGGGUGCCCUCCACGCUCUGCCAGAGCCAGGCCUGCGCCAACCACAACGAGUUCAACCCCAAUGAGUCCUCCACAUUUUCAACUCAGAAUGAGUUCUUCUCCCUGCAGUAUGGAUCCGGCAGCCUCACCGGCAUCUUUGGCUUUGACACAGUGACAAUCCAGGGCAUCUCCAUCACAAACCAGGAGUUCGGCCUGAGCGAGACGGAGCCUGGCACCAACUUUCUGUACUCUCCCUUCGAUGGCAUCCUGGGGUUGGCCUUCCCUGCCAUCUCUGCUGGUGGAGCCACCACUGUGAUGCAGAAAAUGCUGCAGGAAAACCUGCUGGACUCCCCCAUCUUCAGCUUCUACCUGAGCGGGCAGGAAGGCAGCCAAGGUGGUGAGCUCAUCCUCGGCGGCGUCAACCCCAACCUGUACACGGGGCAGAUCUUCUGGACUCCUGUCGUCCAGACCACCUACUGGCAGAUCGGGAUCGAAGACUUCACUGUUGGUGGGCAGAACAGUGGCUGGUGCAGCCAGGGCUGCCAGGGGAUCGUCGAUACGGGGACCUCCCUCCUCACCGUUCCCAACCAGGUCUUCAGCAAGCUGAUGCAGUACAUUGGAGCUCAAGCUGAUAGCAACGGCCAGUACGUGGCAAGCUGCAGCAACAUCGAGUACAUGCCCACCCUCACCUUCGUCAUCAGCGGCAACAGCUUCCCCCUGCCUCCCUCUGCCUACAUGCUCCAGAGCAACAGCGGCUACUGCACUGUUGGGAUUGAAUCCACCUACCUGCCCUCCGAGACUGGGCAGCCCCUCUGGAUUCUUGGAGAUGUCUUCCUGAGGGUCUACUACUCCAUCUAUGACAUGGGCAACAACCGCGUGGGCUUUGCCACUGCUGUGUAGGCAGCCUCAGUGCCGUGCCACAGCUCUGUGCAUUGGGGCAUCUCCAUCCCCGCAGAGCCCAGAUCCCUUCUCUUGAGAAAUCUUUGCAUUGAAGAUGGGUUUCUUUCCAGACUAUACUGUGGAGAAAUAAAAGCAGUGAAAAUAA